AUGGUUAUGAAAACACAUACUCUCCUCCUCGGCCUAUCACCAGUCCUCAAUCUUGCUGGGUCCGAUCAAGCCCUUCAAUCGGUUCACGACAUCCGUCCCGCUGUCAGCCACAGCUUAGACGUCUUUCCGACGACUCUGCUUCGUUAUCCCUGCUCCCCUUUGGGUGCCCAAGCACCAGAGUCCGCCACAGGGCUCAUCCACCAUCGACCCAGUCCAUUCGCCUGGCCCCCAGUGGCUAGUGUCAGCAGGGCUGUUCCCUCUCCACAUUCGCCGUCCGUGAGCACUGCUCUGCUCAUCUUUAAAGUGCAACGGGACCGGCUUGACUCCUAUCCACCGGGUCACAUACGCUCUGGCCUCUCGCCCGUUUUCUCUCGUGUUGUCUUGUAUCAAUCUGCUCGUCCUUCCUUCCGGUCAGCCCUUGGCUUGAUUUACUACAAUAGACCCGCUCUCUUUUGGGUGUUCGUGGUCCAUCCGCUUCGUGGCCGGUCCCCCAGAGCCCCGAAGUGGCCUUGCGCUCUGUUGGGUUUAAUUCUACAACGGAAGAAGAUUUCACCAAACCCACCUCCUCCCCCCGUCCGCGCUAGUUGA